AUGAUCUCAAUCUCCUGACCUCGUGAUCUGCCCACCUUGAACUCUGAAAAUUGCUUAGGGUUUACCCUUGCCAGAAUAGCACUGGACAGCCAUACUAUAUCCCCUGGAUUCCAUACCCAUAACAGAAAUUGCUAAUUAAUGUUAAUAUUGUUUCUCACAGAUUCUGGUUAUAGUUUCAGAAUCCACUUCAUCAUAGUACUAGAGUUACAUAUUAUUAAUACUAACUCAAAAUAAUUAUGCAGUAUAUGUCAGGUACUGAUCUAAGCAUGCUACCUAUGUUACUUUAAUUAUUAGAAUAGCCCUAUGAAGUUUUAAAGAUGAGGCACUGAGGAUCAAAGAAGUUAAGAAACUUACUCAAGGUCAUAACAACAGAAAAGCAGGAGAAGCAAAAAUCAAAUAUACUUUUAUUCCAAAAUCUCUCAUUUAACCAUUGUAUUUUAAAUCUUGGCACUAAUGAUGAAAUGUCAUUGACAUCCCUGUGACAUGUUUGACAAUUAAUUUACCUUUCAGAAUCACCAAUAUACAACAGGAAAAAAACAGAAGUGAAAGAUUAUCAAUAUAGAUUAUUGAAUAGGAGUAAACCAAAAAGAGGAAAAGAAGAGAUUACAGACACAGAGAAUGUCAGACAACAAAGAAAGGAAGAGUCAAGGAGUUCCUAAAGAAGUUGUAGAUAACCAAGACACAUAUUCAUUAGCUGAUGCUGUAGAGCAAGUUGCAAAGCAACAACAAUCACAGGCAUCAGAGAUAGAAAAAAAUAAAAAAGUUCUGUUCAAUUUGCAGAAUGAACUUCAUGAGCUUGAAAAACGAAUAGCAACUAUCUCUGCAGAAACUAAAGAAACAGAAAGACAAAUUUAUCAGCAAGAUGCUGCCAUAGAGAAUACCAAACUUCACUGUGAUAGCCUGGAAACUCAAAUCAAAUCCUUACAUUCAGAAAAUGUAAAGCUUAAAUUUGACAUAGAAACAGCCCAAGAAGAUUUUGAGGAACACAUGAUAAAAUAUAAUGCAUAUUAUGCAAAAAUAAAAACACAUAAAAAUAGUUUGGUAGAGGUAGAAAGCAAAUGGUCAUUUAUGACUGAACUCUAUGAAAAACGAAAUUUUGUUAAAAAAUUAAAGACAAUGAAAGAAGAACUUAUGCAAGAUCUUCAAAAUCCAGGAGGGAACCGAAUAACACAAGUACAGGAAGACAUUACAAAGUUAAAGGAUAAAAUUAUAACUGUAAAAGAAUCUAUCAUUGUAAAAACUUGUUUUCUCGAGGAAGAAAAAAAGACACAUGAAAAAUUAAGAAAAGAAAUAGAGGUACAACAUAAGAGAUAUGAUGCAAUUCUUAAGCGUUUGCAUUGUCAGGUGAACAAGCUUCAGUCAAAUAGACGACAGUGGCAAUGGAACAUUCAACGACUGGAAAAAACUGCAGCCGAAUUAAGAAAAUGCAUUGGAACGCAAGAACAACAUUGCCAUAGGGCAGUGUGGAACACAGAUGAUGACAACAAAAAUUAUGGGACAGAACACUGAGAAAAUCUUUUGGAUUCCUAAUAACAAGCAUCCACUAUCAGUGGCCUGUCUUAAUGACAGAUGUCUUUGGUUGUUGUUGUUGUUUUUUAAAUCAGUCAUCCAUUUGUUAAAAGGCCUUCUAACCCUACACUUGACAGCAGUUGACAGACAAUAGGAAUGCCUAGAGGAGAAUAGUGCAAGAGUCUCUAUGACUAUUUUGAGUGUGUAAAAUGUAUUAUACUCAUGAAUAUCUGUUUAUAACUAUGUUGCAUUCACUACCCUAUGAAGUAAAAAUUUAGAAGGGAAAAAACAUUUGAUUUUUUUCAAUGAUUUAUAUUAUUAAGAUAUUUGAAAAUGUGUGUCUGUUUCAAACUUUUUAUUGGAACUUGUUUUUUUACAACUGCCUUUACAGUAGCCCAUAAAUAUUGAUAUUUAUAAUAAUGUUUUUGUAUGUUCAAUGCUUCAAAUAUUUUUUCCAUUUUCUCUUUUAUC